AUGGCAGAUUCUAGAGCAAUAUCUAGCCUUCAACAUCACAUGCUAGAUGGAAAAAAUGGAGCAGGGGCAGUUAGCGAAAGUAAAAAGGAGCGGAAACGACUCCAGAAUCGAUUGAACCAAAGAGCCCGACGACUGCGCAUUCAUCAGACCAAAUUGUCGAAUGAGAAGCGUCCGUUUCAUAUUGAUCGCUGGCGUCUUGAAGAGUCCCAUGCCUCAUCGGAAUACGAUGAUAAUCUAUACAACCAUACCACUCUUUCAGAGCUCAGUGCUGAAAACACUGUCCAGCGAAAGAAGAUAAUGGUUGAUGUUUCCAGAACAUAUUUCUUAAGCCAUCAUGAUGGCUUAGAAUACCGGGACAAGACAUAUGAAAUUGUCCCGACAUUGCCUGCUGAUCAUUUGCUUACGCUGAUUCAAUUUAACGUACUUCGGGCAUUGCGUGCGACGAAGGACGUACUAUGGCAGUCGGCAUUGUAUUCUAUCCCAGAACUUGCACCCAAUGCCGAAAUCAGUGAAGACACUCUCUUCAGUCGAGCAGUUAUAACACACGCCUCAAAAAGUCUUCCCUCCUCCCUCGCUCCAGUCCAGUCACAGACAUCCUUCCUCCAUUUCGUGUGGGUCGACAUUUUUCCUUUUCCGACAAUGAGAGAAAACUUCAUAACUUGGGAGAAACAAUUUAACCAUGUCGAGCUGGUCAAUGACUUGGUCGGCAACCUAGUCGACACAACCCCAAUACCAGGAUCUUUCUCAACAGUGCAUGUGCAUCCGAUACCGUGUAAUCUGAAUCUAGUCAAUGCAGUCGAUGAUGAAGUUACCACGUCGCGAAAUGGCCUGAUAGUAUGGGGAGAGCCUCAUUUGGUUGACAGCUGGGAAGCCACACCAGGAUUCCUACGGAAAUGGGGGUGGGCUGUUCAGGGGUGUCAUGAUUUAAUUGAGUCGAGUAAUCGUUGGAGAGUGAGAAGGGGCGAAGAGCCAUUUCGGAUUUCCACCUGGUAA